AUGUCAGUGCCUGUUGAAGCUGGAUUGCAUAUCAGGCGGACGUUCGAGCACGUCCCCAGGCUACGCCAGAUGAACGCAACCUUUCUCGUGCUCAAUGGCUCGGCCAGUGGACUCAACUACAGCAGCGUGGUGGACAUGGAUGUCUUCUCCGGCUAUGAUUACAUGUACAUCACAAGCAUCCCUGCUGUGCGCGCCUUCUUCUACUGCAUCUACGUGCUCAUUUUUGUGACCGGAAUAUGUGGCAACAUCCUCGUCUGCUUUGUCGUCUUCCACAAAAACUCCAUGCAAACCGUCACCAACAUUUUUAUCGCCAAUCUGGCACUCUCGGACAUCCUGCUGUGUGCGCUUGCGGUGCCCUUCACGCCUCUGUACCACUUCAUGACGACAUGGGCCUUCGGAAGUCUGCUGUGUCACCUUGUCCCCUACGCGCAGGGUGUUAGCGUAUACAUCUCCGCCUUCACGCUCAUGGCCAUCGCCAUCGACAGAUUUUUUGUGGUCAUCUACCCCUUCCGACCUCGAAUGCGGCUCUCAGUUUGCUUCACAAUCAUCGUCAGCGUGUGGGUGAGCAGUGCCUUGCUGACGUUACCCUACGGUAUCUUCAUGGGCCUCAUCCAAGAUCCACAGAACGGGAAACGAUACUACUGUGAGGAGGAGUGGCCCUCCGAGGUAAACCGGAAGACCUUCAGCUCGCUCACCACCACGCUUCAGUUCUUGGUGCCGUUGAGCAUUGUCACCUUUUGCUACGUGCGCGUUUGCUGUCGCUUGCAAGACCGGGUGCGCGCUAAGCCAGGGGCACGCUCACUCAAGGAAAUGGAGCGGAAGCGGACGAGGCGGACAAACCGCAUGCUCAUUUCCAUGGUGCUCAUCUUCGCUGUCUCGUGGAUGCCUCUCAACUUGUACAAUCUGGUGGCUGACUUCUACAUUCCGGCCUCCAAGUGGCCCUACUCCAAUGCCUUUUUCUUUCUGUCGCACGCGAUUGCCAUGAGCUCAACGUGUUACAAUCCUUUCUUGUACGCCUGGCUCAAUGAAAACUUUCGAAAGGAGUUCAAGCUGGUUCUACCGGGGUUCAUUUCGCCACAUCUUGCCGCAGAAAGGGCGGCCGACAACGCCACCAAACUGGAACGCACCUUGAACGGUCGUGACACGAACACCGUUCAAGAAACAAUAACGACUCGGAACAAGUCUCGUAGUGACCUGUUCAGUGAACGUAGAUCCAGCCAAGCUACGUGUGCUCGCUACGUUGCAUCGUCUGGUCCAGAGGUCGUCCUCCUUGAGCUACCCAUUGACACCGAGAGCCACGCGGUACUCCUCACCGCCAUAUAA